AAAAAUAGCGUAAUAAUAGCAAAAAAGCAAUUAGGUUUCUAAAGAGUAGUUUAGUCUUUUUCUUUUACUAGGGAUGUUUAAAAUAAAUCCUCUUCCAUGAAAUUAGAUGCAACCCAAAUGUUAGCCUGACUGUGUAGGCCUACUUGUCACUGUUGUCGCAGUUGAAUAUGAAUUAACAAAAAGGAAAGAAGCGAAAUGAGAAUGGAGCAGAUGAUUCACUCUCAUGAAUAAACAUCAGCAGCACAAGUUGCACCAGUGAGGUCAAUGCUGCUUAUCUCAAUUGGCAACAUGAACCAAUGAUUAGAAGAGCAGGUGCCUGGCAGUGACGCAGGCGUGACGAGGAGGUUUGGAGAAGCAGCUUUGGCAUCUCAGUUUCAAAACAACAACGGAGGGUUUCCCUGAAUGAUGCUGAACUUGUUUGUCUACAAUAAACACAGUGUGGUUUGUGGAGAGAAAGAAUGUACCCUUUAGUGCUUUGUUUUACAAUGAAACAAAUCUGUGCUAAAAGAAAAAAAAUGCUUUACUUUGAAUAAAUUCUUUUGUGUACUUGGGUUUGCAAAGUUGAGAUUCAACCAAACUGUGGAGACAUUUCAGCGACUUUGUCACACACUCAGUUUGCUUGACUUAAACGAAAAAAGGAGGAAAAGUUUGAGAGAAUCCGUGGGAGGAAGUGGGACUCCCUGUUUACAUCUUUGUCUUACAGUUUCCAGGCUGACAAAGUUCGACCGCAUCAAAGUGUGGUUUAUAGCUGAAGUCACAUGACCUUCAGAGGAACAACCCGAACGGUGCGCCCACAGAUUCACAUAAAUAUAAUUCACCUCCCCGACACGUGAAACGCACACGGGAGAGCAGCAGCGGCAGAGAAACGUUCGCCUCUGGUUAACGCUUUUUUAUUUUGACUCCAACAAACUCAAAGAAACAAAGGAAAUGUUUAUGAAAGGAUUCAUUUUCGGGAUGAUGUCCUUUCUUGUGACAGGAGCUCAGUGUGAGGUAACUGAAGUUCUGACUGAAGUGGGCUCUCAGGCUGUUCUGCCGUGUAAGUGCAGCCCGUUACAGUGCAGUACAUCUCUCAUCAUCUGGAGUAAAGACAAGGGAGGUACGAUCUGGAGAAAGGAAAGGAGCGGUUUGCAGUACUGGGGCUCCAGCUUUGUAGGAAAAGCGGGUGCACGUGUGCAGUGCCCGCACGCUCAGUUUGACAAAGGGAAUUGCAACCUGCACAUCAACACAGUGACAGAGUCCGACGGAGGUCUUUACACUUGCAAGGUGCUUUAUGGAAACAAGUUUGAAGAAAACCAAGUCUGGCUCAGAGUUGUUCAAGUGUCCAUAUCUCCAUCCGCUCCUGUGUGGGGAGACGAUGUGUCCAUCACUUGUCGUGUCAACCCCUGGCCUACAGAAGCUUCUGUGAGCUGGAUGUUGAACAACCGUCAGUAUAAGGCAAGAAACAGAAUCUUCUCCAACGGGAAGCAAAGUUUUGUGAAGGAAAUAGUGACAGAGAAGGUACUCGGCAACUGGACUUGUGUCAUAGACAUCAAGAAAGAAUGGCAAUUCACCACAGCUCUGUUCGUGAGAGGAAUCAUUAAGCCGCCCAAAGACAACACCAUGGUGUACGCGGCUGUGGGGUCAGCGGUCACUCUACCCUGCGUCUUCUCCGCCGGGUUAAGUCCCAAGACGACAUCCUGGGAGAAAGUGGGGGUUGGAAAACCUAUUGAUCUGAACAUCAGCAAUCGUCCAUCUUUCUCCCCCUGGGAUCAGUCCCUCAUAAUAAAUGAAGUUGAGCUCAAAGAUCAAGGCAAAUACAGAUGUGCUGGGACCAUAAAUGAAAAAAGACUGACUCGCACUAUGCAGCUUGUCGUCGCUAAAAUUGUCCAGGCAACGAGAAAAGGCUUUGUGAUGCUGACCUGCCAACUCACCGACAUCAGCCAGGAUAUAGAAUAUGAGUGGGUUCCUGCAAAGUACAACCUCAACGGCCCCCUGUCAGUGGGACAGAUUCAAAAGGGACAGACUUUUGUGAUGGAAGAAAAGUGGGAUGAAGUGACGUGCCGUUACUAUGGGAACCAAGGACUUUUGGGGAAUGUCACAUUUCACAAUCAAGUAAUGAGCGCUCAGAGUAAAGAACAGUCAAAAGAGCGAUCGCACAACACCGGAACCAUCGUCGGGCUCAGCUUUCUGCUCCUCAUCCUUCUGCUGGUUUUAGCUCAGAUGUUCAAAAACUACCAAAGGAGGAAAAGAAUAUUUCAGUACCCAGCGCUGGAGACAAUCGUUCACACCAUCUCCAACGAGCGAGAGGAGAAAGAAAGGAGGACCCAGACAAAAAAAGUCACAACACCCCAAGAGGAAUUUUACUGAUUUUAGUGAAAUUUUGCCAAAAAAUACAGUUGGGAGACAAUUUUAUUUUGCACAAGUUUUGUAAAUAUUUUAAGGGCAAAUAUUGCUGCAACAAUUGUUUGAAGAUAAUAAUAAUUCCAUUCUGCUCAGAUUAUGCUACUGUAAAUAUUCUUAAUAUUUGUCACUAAAGAUUUGUUUAAAUGUUUCAUAAAUAAAGUGCAAUUAAAAGA